AUCCUGUAAACCUUGAGAUGGAACUAGAAAAGGAAGAAUCUGGGAUCAGUUUUUGGCCUCGAAGGUUUAGUGAUCAUAACAACAAUAUUAACACUGACGAUGUUGUCAGCAAUUACAAGAAUAACGAGAAGAAGAUAAAACAAAACCUCGACUUGAAUCUUGAUCCACAAAACUGUUUCCAGGUUCGAGAGAUCCCGGGAAAAGGUUUGGGUUGUGUUGCUACACGCGGAAUAGAACCUGGAGAACUAGUAGUUCAAGACUAUCCAAUCCUAACCCUGGAGCACGAUUACAAGUUUAAGGAAUGGUUAGCCCAGGGUAAAUCUGUUCAGCAAAGGGAUCGUCUCCUCAUCUUACACGUGAUACUACCCCUUCUCCUCAUCCUUCCAAUAGUUUAUCUUCUUCCUCAAAUAGGAUUUUUAUUCUUACUUCUUUGGAGACAUAUACUAGAUCAUGUCAGGAACAUUAUUAGUUUGCUUGGAUUCGAGAAAAGCUGUGAAGAUCUUUAUCAAUCAUAUCUAAGUUUAGACUGGUCUGGAAGAGAGAAGAUCGAGCACCUUGCAACUGUAUUCCCUUCUCCUGGUUUAAAGGAAAGGAUAGUUGGUAUAUUCUGCACCAAUUCCUUUAUCAUUCAGGAAAAUGUUUCAGGAGUUUUCCCAAACCUUUCCAGAUUCAAUCAUUCUUGCAGGUCAAACUGUUCCUUUACUGGGGAAGAAGAAAAUGGAAUUUUCGUGAUCAGGGUUAAUUGUGUCCUAAGAGUUGAGAAGGACGAAGAGUUAACUCUCUGCUACUUGGAUACACUGGAGGAGGAAGCUCCGUGUCUAGCUCAAGAACGGAGAACUUAUUUAAACUGGGCUUACAGGUUUGAGUGUAAGUGUGAGGAAUGUAGUCUACCAUCCUACCUCAGGAAUAUUGAGGACCGGAGAAGGGUUCGGUUGAGCAAGUUGAGGAGGGAGUGGAGAACAUCCUGUAACCUGGAGAAGGAUUGGACCAAUAUUCAAGAACAGAUAAUGCUCCUGAUCAGAUUAAAGAGUUGUGGGAAAGUUGAACAUCUUGUCUCCACUCUAGAGCUAGCAUGGGAGACAUUAGCAGAGCUGAAUGGAGUACCCGGAGCAAGGUUCAAGGUCAAGGUGGCAGAGUUAGGAGUAGACUGGAGUAGAAUUCUGUAUUCUGACCAGCAUCCUGUAUCACAGGAGUGGCAGGGUAGAUACAAAGCUGUGAGAAAACCCGAUAUUGAUCAACUGCGAGAGAAAGGUGUUAAGAAGAAAACUUGUAAUAGAAAAAGAUAAGUUUUCUAACCUAAUAAUAGGAUAAUAUGGAGAGAUACUGUAUACACUAUUUAGUAUACAAUUUUACCUGGAUAAGUAGUUAUGCAGUUCAUUUAUUAAAGAGCCAAUGAAAAAAAAAUAUCAGAAUUUAACACUUUUCAAGAACGAACAGCGAUUUAUUUCUCACUGCAUGGAUAAUUGUGAAUUGGACAUGACACUCUAAAAAUGAAUGAUUUACUCGAAAUCACGUCUACAGUUCCUUUAAGAUGAAAGAAAUGUAAUAUUUUAUAUUCUUUUCUCGCAAAAAUUUAAUAUAACUGAGUGAUAAGAACUAAAACUUGGAAUUGAAAAAUUAUGUUUUAUGAUAAUAUUCAAUGAGUGUAAAAAUUUCCACGCACUGGGAUUAAAAGAAAACAAUUUAUUCAAGUAUUGUUUUCAUGGAGAGAAAGGCUCAGUAACAUUAUGUCUAGUUCUCGAAUGCCUAGUUCGUGAAUGCCUAGUUCACUAUGCCUAUAUUCAUGAAUGCCUAGUUCGUAAUGCCUAGAUAACAUUAUGCCUAGAUAACACCAUGCCUAGAUUCAUGGUUGCCUAUAUAACAUUAUGCCUAUAUUUCUGAGUGCCUAGAAAACAUUAUGCCUAGAUUUCAUAAUGCCUAGUCACCCAAUGCAUAUGCCUAGAUAACAUUAGACUGAAUUGAAUGCCUAAAGACAUUGUCAAGCAAUAAAUAAAUGAUACUGAUAUGUUUACAUGAUUUAUUACAUAUUUUAUUGGUCAAAUUUUUGCCUAUCAUGGGUCAAAGUAGAAAUAUUUUAUUUUAUUUUUAUUUUAUUUCGUGAACGUACACAAUUUGAAUAAUUUGUACAAUUAAACAGAAGAAAAAAGAACUAUAAGAGUAUAUAUCAAAAAUGAAUACAAAUACAAGAACAGAAUCAUACUGUAAUUAGGUCGUGCAUAUAAAAUUAAUAAUAUCGUCAAUCUCAGCUUG